AUGAUGGAAAUUCUAACGGACACAUCGAAAUUCGAACUUCUAAAUGAUGAUGCCAUCAAAAUUACACUGAAACGCGAGAAUCAAGUUGCUAAUCGCAGAUUGCGAUCCUCUAGCGCCUAUCGACAAUGUCAACACAAAUUGUUACAAGAAGAAAUAAACACAAAGCAUGCUCGGAUACGAGUACUGUCAUCACAAGCUACGACCGCACAUUCAAGACUGGCAUCUUUGGUUUCAAACCUUGACUUCAUUCACCUAAAACAUGUUUCUGAUCGUGAGAACUCUAAAAAACUAAGCCAUCAACAACGCACCCAAGACCGCAAGAUAUUUCGCCUUAGCACUGGACAGAUUAACACAAACCCAAUCAACCCUGACGACGUGGUUUUCAAUUUCUCAAAUCGUUUCAUCACCCAAAAAGAAAAAGAAAUCCUUUCGAAGGGCCUCAACUUUGCUGUUCCACCUGCCAAACUAAACUCGUGCACUUUCCUCACACCAUUUGAGAAAUUUUACAAUCGCCUUCAACAAGAACCCGUCCACACACCCUCUGGCUUUUUCCCUGACUCAAUUAAAGCUAAACUAAAGGACAUAGCUCACUCGGGUUUUCGCAGUUACAGCCGACCGAAUGCCUUAUACACGGAGAAUGAACUAAACGCGUUAAAUGAUCUGAGAAAUGACAACAGCAUUGUCAUCCUGAAACCGGAUAAAGGCAACGGAGUUGUUAUUCUGAAUAAAAACGACUACCACAAAAAGAUGAUGGAAAUUCUAACGGACACAUCGAAAUUCGAACUUCUAAAUGAUGAUGCCAUCAAAAUUACACUGAAACGCGAGAAUCAAGUAAAGACGUUGCUGAGAAAACUAAAGGCAGAAAAAUGCAUAAAUCAAAAAACAUACAACGAACUUUAUCCCACAGGUACACGUAUCGGCAUACUUUAUGGACUCCCUAAAAUUCAUAAAUCCUCCAUACCUCUAAGACCAAUCUUAUCUAGUAUUGACCACUACUCCUACAAGCUAGCGAAAUUCUUUAUUCCUCUCAUUACACCAAUCUCCGCCAACUCCCAUGUUAUCAAGGACUCUUUCUCUUUUGUCCAAGAUCUUUUACAAAGUGACAUUAACGCCAAUAACGUUGUGAUGGCGAGCUUUGAUGUUAAAUCAUUGUUCACCAACAUCCCAGUGGAUGAAACAAUCGCCAUAAUAACUAAUCACAUCUUCUCCAAUAACACGUCCUUUCAAGGCCUUGACCGUUCACAAUUCACUCAACUUCUCUCCCUCUCCGUCAAAAACUGUCAUUUCUUCUUUAACGGCCAAGUUUAUCAACAGAUUGAUGGUGUGGCUAUGGGCAGCCCCCUAGGCCCACUAUUUGCGAACAUAUUUAUGGCCUUCAAUGAAAAUUCAUGGCUUCACAAUUGUCCCUCCACCUUCAAACCCCUUCUUUACCAACGUUACGUUGAUGAUUGCUUUCUACUCUUCCGAUCAUUGGAUCACAUACCUCUUUUCCUUACCUAUCUCAACCACCAACAUCCUAACAUCUCCUUUACAUCUGAACUCGAAACGACAACACGCUCCCUUUCUUGA